CCUCGCAUCGAAGUAGGUACAAGUACGCCUAAUGGCGAAUUGAUUAUUUUUUUUCAAAGGCAUGGUAAAGUUGUAGCAUAGUGAUGAAGAAAAUUUGCGUGUUUUGUGGAACGUCGUCACUCGACGACGAAUUAGGACCUUUUUAUCAAAUAUUCGGCAAAUAUUUUCAUUCGAAUUGUUUGGUGUUUAGCUCAGAUAUCAGACAAAGUAGAGACAAAACCAUCGGCUUGCAUGGUUUCGACCCGGAUAACAUCCAGACCGCUGUGAAUUACGGACAAGAACGAAAGUGCAUUUUCUGUUCCGAAAAAGGAGCAACUAUAAGAUGCGAAGGUGGUAAAAAAUCGCAUUGUGGUAUUAGUUUCCACUUACCAUGUGCUUUAGAUUCGGAAACCACCGUACACGUGUAUUAUAAAAAAUUCGACUCAUAUUGCUCCGAACAUAAUCCAUUCAAAUGUAUCUACUGUCGCAAACCUGUGACUGGGAUUAAUUUCGUUACUGACUGCUGCAAGCGAAUUUACAGCCACGAAGAAUGUCUAAAAGAAAACGUAAUGGAUGCUGAAGCACUAUCGAAAUGCCCGCUCUGCUUAAAUGAUUUCAACGAAGCCACCCAAGAGAUAGAAUUGAAAUGCGCUGCUGAAAUUUGCAAAUGUCCUAGAGGACGUUUACACCACGAGCAAGAUACUGAAUUCGAACUCGUUCCAUGUGCCAACUGUGGAUCCGAUGGUAUUCAUCAAAUUUGUGGUCGGAUCCGAGGAACUGAUGACUGGAUUUGCAAAUCAUGCGAUCCAAGAUCCGAUGAUCUACACGUUAAAAGUAAAGAUGGGAGAAAGAUUCGGAAGAGAGCAGCCAACAUCUUCAUGGGAAUAAAAAUAUGGUUCCAGAAGAAGAUGUGCAUUCUUCGAAUCAAGAAAAUCCAGAUGCUAUUCCGAAAAGUUCGUCAUUUCCUAAUUAACAUGAUAUGUUUUUGAAGAUUUUAAAACUUCGUUAUUGUUUUUGUUAUUUCGUAUGAGAAACUAAGUUCUUGACAUAUCCAUCCUUUUUGUUGACCUAUCUUUUAAUUUGCACGUAACAUUUGUACAAUUCUUUCAUUCUUGAGUUAUAUUUGAAUCGAUUUUCUUGAAAUGCGUUGUAUCUAUUGUAACUAUUCAAUUAUUUAUUAUAGUUCACGAAAAAAUUUGUUAAAUAAUCAUUAAGUAUUCGUAUUUGUAAUUAGACAAUAAGUUCUUUUUAUUUAUUCUUUCGCGAUUGUUUUUAUUUUGAGGUGUUAAUUUUUAUGUACAUAAUGUAUUGAGUUUGUAAUUUAUUAGUGUAAUGAAUGUGACUUUAAUUUUAUUGUAAAUAGGCGUGUAAUUAUGAUUUUAUUUAAAUAGGUACGAAUCAA